AUGACCUCCGACAUCUGGAAUAGCGUCUUUGAAGACAGGAAAAAGAGCAUCCAGGAUGCAUACAUGGCAGUGGCCGCCAAGACUAAGGACCCUGAGCAGCUGUCUCUCGACAACCUUUUAGCCGAACUGGAGACAUUCGAUGCUUUCAAGUCCAAGCUGAAUGCCGAAUGCUCGCGUUACAGCCAGAGUCCAGCCGUCAAUUUGAUCGCCAACAAGAUCAACCCCCACCUGAAGAACUUUGGGCGCUUCGCCAUGGUCAUCGGCGAGGCCUCUAAAGGGAAUUCGACUGCCUCGAUAUGCUGGAGUUCCAUGUUUCUCGUCAUCCAUUGCGGCUGUGGUCUCACCAAAACCCUCGAAGAUGUGGUCGAUCAGUUGGCCAACUUUAUGACGCUCAUCCCAAAGGUGGCCGAUGACGUUGAACUCUACAAGGAGUAUAAUCUCAGAUUGAGCCAAGUUCUCAGGGACAUGUUUGAAAACUACCUCGACUUUUGCGUCUCCAUUCUCAAAUGGAUGCAGAAUUCACCAACCAAGAACAUGUUGAUGAGGAGCAAACUGAGCCAGACUCUUGAUGGUCAUGUUUCCAAAAUGGAGCAGAGCAAAAAGGAGCACCACGACAUUGUGCAAGACAUUCGCAAGCGACAAGAGAAGGUCAUGAUUGACAAGUGGGCUAGCAACAGAGCACCGAGUGACCCUACAUCUCCGAGACAUCCCAAAGUGUCGCUGAACUCUCCGCCAAGGCGACGAAAUGUCGAGUUCAUUGGGCGAGACGCCGAGUUGAAGCAACUGUUUGAGCACCUCAUCGAAGACGAGCCGAAAGAGUCCAAUAUCACGUCCUGUGCGAUAUCUGGAAUGGGCGGUGUCGGCAAGACUGACUUGGCAGUCGAGUUUUGGUAUCAGAACCGACACCAUUACGGGGCUGUCAUCUGGAUCUCGGCCGAGUCUGACUUGACUCUGAAGACGGGCUUUGGCGAAAUCGCCACGUCACUUGGCUUCGUCUCUGCCAAGGCUGGCGAAAACCGUGAGAUGCAACGAGAGGUACAGCAGGUGAAGAACUGGCUGGAGACGCAGAAAGACAUUUCAUGGCUCCUGGUCUUCGACAAUGUCAAUUCAUACAAGGACAUUCAGCCGUAUUGGCCUGGAGAGUCGGUACGGGCAUCAUCUAUCCUUGCCACAACCCAACAGAGGGUUCCCCGUGCCAACAAGUGGGUGGACCACGUCGUUGAGUUGAACGUGUUUAGUCGCGAUACCGGCUCGCAGCUCCUGCUGAGUUACCUCGAAAAGUCAGGCAUACCGGAUACUGAUGCAAACAGAGAGGUUGCAAAGGAGAUCUCUGAACUUCAUAGAAAUCUCCCGUUGUUUAUUCCUCUGGUGGCCUCAGCCAUCGAGUUGGAAGAACGUUCUCUGAGCAACUGGCUCAAGGAGAGGAAGGGCCAAGAUGUCAAACCGGACCAGUACGACAGCGAAGGAGUCUGGACUUACGAAAAGGACCCAAGCGCCUUGUUUGAUCCAGCUUUAAAGUCGCUCUCGGAAGACGCCAGGAGGCUGCUCUUCAUGCUUGUGUUCCUCAGCCCUGAUGGGAUACCAGAGAACCUGCUGCUGUGUGGCGACAGGGAUCCCGACCUGGCUUUCGUCGAUUCCAGCAACAUACCCAGAUUCCGUAGAGCCUUGCGUGAACUGAUACAGAGGUAUUUCAUCACCACCAACCACGAGAACGAUGAUCCCGACGAGACGACAUUCAUCAACAUUCAUCGGAUGACCCAAAGCAUUCUCUCUGGGAUUCUGGAUCGUGAUCGCAAGCGUCUCGAUGCGACUUUCCGCAGGGUCGUCAAGGUGCUCCGAGAACGAUAUCCACAACCGGACAAGCUCAUGCGCCCGGCUGCGGGAACAAGCGAGCGAGCUCUUCUUAUUCUUCCCCAUAUCAUGCACGUCAACGACAGAUUCACCAAGCUCGAGCCGCCCCUGGGAGGCACACGCGAGUUUGCGGAGCUUCUGGUCGACGUGGGAGGUAUGGACCUUUCUGUGCAGGGCUAUGUGCAGGAGACCAUGGCGAUCCUCGAAGUCGCCGAGAAGAUUCUGGACGAUCCUCUUGUCGAGGAUACCGAACUCUACCGUGGCCACGUUCUAACGGUGCGCGGUAUGUGCGGCGAUCUCAUGGGCAUCUCUCGACGCACCGAGAUGUACAAGUGGCGCGUAGAGUGUCAGCAACUACGAGAGCAAUGGUUCAAGAAACUACCAAGCAACAAGCGUGACAAAGACGCCGAGGUUCUUUUAUACAACUCCUACAUGGACGUUGCUUGCUGUCUGCAGCAUCUGAACAUGUUUGACAGUGUUGAAAAGACGGCUGAGAAGUGCCUCUGGCAGUACAAGAAAUGGGGUCCCGAAACGAGCGAUGCAGAGGCUUACGAGUACGCAAAGUAUUACAAUCACAUGGCAUACGUCCAUCUUUAUCGCGGAGAGAACGACAAGGCAGUCGAAUAUGCCAAAAAGGGCUUCAAGUUCAUGGAAAGGAACGAUAGCGAGUCGCAGAUGACGAUCCUGUUUCAGUUUGACUGGGCUUCGGUCCUGUUUCAAGCAGGCCACGAGGACGAAGCCAUUGCCGAGCAUGAGAGAGUGCUGGAGAGACGGAUAGAGACCUGCGGAGCAGAGAAUGUUCGCACUCUGGAAAGCUAUCUGACCCUUGGCGUUGCGAACUUCCUUGUCCGCCGCUACCAAGCAGCACGAGACAAUCUCAAGCUGGCCAUCAAGCCAGAAAGCAACGAAUCGUACAUGUGGCCGAGAGAAAACAACGUGCGGGCCAAGUACUACCUGGCCAAGGCAUCCAUCGCCCUCGAUCCCUCGGACCAGGUGGCGCAGAUGGACAAGAAUCACGCGCUCAUGGAGAUUGACAGGCUACUUCGCAGCGACCCAAACGCGACCAUGGCAUUUGACGGCAAGGGGCCACAUGUCGAGGAGCUACGUGUGGACUAUGUCGUAGCUUGGGAACUUCGUCUUGUCACUCCUCGGCAGCCCUUAAAGCAAGCAGAGAUGGAGUGGUGGCAAUUGGCUCUGGGAGCAUUGAAAAGGCUGGGGUGGUGGAAGUGGGGGGCAAUCUUGGUAGUGAUGGCCGCUCUGGCUCUGCCUUGGGUCUGGUAG